GAACAUUAGCUAUACCUUGUCGGUGAGUAAAAAGGUGACAUGUUGGCAGCCUUGCACGGCGAAUGCUGAUUGGUCAGUUGAGGUGCCUGGCGUUACUCUGGCUCGUGUCUAUAAAUAUGGGUGCACCGGAAAAUUUCGCCAUUCCUGACGCCGCUCCCGUAUUCUUCGGUUCUAAACCUCUCUACGUCGUAAUGGGAGGCCGUGGGAAGACAGUCUCACCAAAGAAGCGGACAACCUUGGCUCAUCGAGCGGGCCUACAGUUUCCAGUGGCCAGAAUCCAUCGCUAUCUCAAAGCUUGCAAUUACGCUCCUCGUGUCAGCAUUGGAGCAUCCGUCUAUAUCACCGCAGUACUGGAGUACUUGACAGCAGAAAUCCUGGAACUUGCUGGCAAGAUAGCAAACGACUCUAAGAAGAUGCGUAUUACCCCGCGUCACAUUCUGCUAGCAGUUCGCCAUGACGAUGAGCUCAACUCUUUGCUUCAAGACGUUACCAUUCCACAAGGCGGAGUUGUACCAUACAUACACUCUGCCCUUCUCAAGCCCAAGAACCAUGACCCUCCUGAACAGCCGAAAGAUGUCAAACCAGAUAAAUAAAAUAUUGGGGUUAAAAAAGUAAAAAAAAAGUAAAAAAUAAAAAAAAGCUCCCAAUGGAGCACACACAUAUUAAAGAAUUAUUUAUAGACAAGGUAAACUCCAAAAUGAAAUACAAAUGUAUUUAUAACAUGUUAUAUGUUUAAUUUAAGUCAUUAUUAUUGCGAUUAAUUUGAAAUCUGAAAUGAAGGUAGGAAAAUUAUAAGUGUGGAUAAUAAUAUUUUCGUAGUGUAGAGAACGUGAAUCUAUCCAGUUACAGCAGUGGGAAAAAUCAAUUGUUGAUAAAAACCAUGUAAAUAUUUACAAAUUUGUAUUUAUUACAAAUAUACAGUAUCACUAUAGAUAUACAGUAGCACUGUACACUACAAAUAUACAGUAACAUUAUACUACAAAUAUACAGUAACAUUAUACUACAAAUAUGCAUUAGCAUUAUACUAUAAAUGUACAGUAACAUUAUACUAACAAUAUAUAUGAGGAGCAUUGUACUACAAAUAUACAGUAGCUUCAACGUACUACCAUACUACAACAAGACGCACUACUGCUACAAUACCACAACAAUAGGUACUACUACAAUACUACAACAAGACGUACUAUUACUACUACUACAAUACUACAACAAGACGUACUAUUACUACUACUACAACAAGACGUACUACUACUACAAUACUACAACAAGACGUACUACUACUACUACAAUUCUACAACAAGAGGUACUGCUGCUACAAUAUUGCAACAAGACGUACUACUGCUACAAUACUACAACAAGACGUAUUGCUGCUACAAUACUACAACAAGACAUACUACUACUACAAUACCACAACAAUAGGUACUACUACUGCUACAAUACUA